UGACUGGGGAGAGAGCUGCUGGCAUGGAAGUGAGCUGGGUUUGUCCGUGGGAACUCUGAGUAAGAUCAUGACAUGGGGUCCUGGGAAUGAAUGUGUGACAACAUGGAUUAAACAGUGUGUAUUCAUUGCCAGUUGCCUUGAAUGUACACUGAACACAUUUUUGAGGAAAACAGUACUGCCACUUAUAACUUUGGUGUUCAGAGCACGGAGCAAACAUUAGAAACUGACUGAAGUAGAAAAGAAAACGUGAACAAAAAUAUUGGAACCUUAUUAAACAACAUGGAAACGGGUUGCCAUCACGAAAGCCAAAGUGGAUUUCUCCGGUGUGGUGUGCCUGCCCCCUUCCGUCAUUGCUGGAAAUGGGCUGGACGGAGGAGGGGCUGGCGAAAAUGAUGAUGAGCCGGUGCUGGUGUCACUUUCGGCGGCCCCCAGCCCUCAGAGCGAAGCUGUUGCCAAUGAGCUGCAGGAGCUCUCCUUGCAGCCCGAGCUGACCCUGAACCUCCAUCAUGGCCGAAACCCCAACCUUCCUCCACUCAGUGAAAGGAAGAAUGAAUCUGCCUUCAGGUCCAGGGAUUUCCUCUAAUAUGUUGGAUAAAGCCAAGACACUCCAGCCUGCCUAUGUCGGGAUUGUGCCGCUUGCAGAGACUGUGUCAAAGCAAGGGAAGAGCUGUUCAAGUACAUAUCAGGAUUCAUACCACAGCUUGCGAGAAGUGCUGCAGUUGAAGCUCCAGCAGCGACGCACACGGGAGGAACUGGUGAGCCAAGGGAUCAUGCCGCCUCUGAAAAGUCCAGCUGCAUUUCAUGAACAAAGAAGGAGUUUGGAGCGGGCCAGGACAGAGGACUAUCUGAAACGGAAAAUCCGGUCCCGGCCAGAGAGAUCAGAGCUGGUUAGGAUGCACAUUCUGGAAGAGACCUCAGCUGAACCCUCCUUGCAGGCUAAGCAGCUGAAGCUGAAGAGAGCCAGGCUGGCUGAUGACCUCAAUGAGAAGAUAGCGCAGAGGCCAGGUCCCAUGGAGCUGGUGGAGAAGAACAUCUUGCCUGUGGAGUCCAGCCUGAAGGAAGCCAUUAUAGUUGGACAAGUGAACUACCCAAAGGUUGCAGACAAUUCCUCUUUUGAUGAGGACAGCAGUGAUGCCCUCUCCCCAGAACAGCCAGCCAGCCAUGAGUCCCAGGGCUCUGUCCCAUCGCCAAUGGACUCCCGGAUUUGUGAGCCUCUCCCUAACACCACUGGCACAUCACUAGCUCAGGGUACAUCCCAAUUGCAAAUUAGUGCAGACUCCAGUGAAACGCUUUUCCUGCCUGAACAGCCACCCCCGCCUCUGCCACCUCCUCCUCUUCUGCCUCCUAAUCUUACCAAUGGAGCGGCUCUUCCUGCUGCCAAGCCCCCACCAACGCUCAUUAAGCAAAGCCAGCCCAAGUCUGCUAGUGAGAAGUCUCAGCGCAGUAAAAAAGCCAAGGAAUUGAAGCCGAAAGUCAAGAAGCUUAAAUAUCAUCAAUAUAUCCCCCCGGACCAAAAGCAGGACAAAGGAGCUCCUCCCAUGGAUUCAUCCUAUGCCAAAAUACUGCAGCAGCAGCAGCUCUUUCUCCAGCUUCAGAUCCUCAACCAGCAGCAGCAGCAGCACUACAACUAUCAGACCAUCCUGCCAGCCCCACCAAAGCCUCCAGGUGAGCAGCAGAGUGGUACCAGUGCCCCUGCAGUACGCAAUCUCUCUGCCACAGUCAGCACCACAUCUUCAGUAUCCUCCGGUUCCAGUGGGCUGAUGCGACAAAACAGUAACGCUGCAGUGGGCAAGCCAGGCCCUCUCCCUGCCAACCUAGAUGAGAUGAAGGUGGCAGAGCUGAAGCAAGAGUUGAAGCUGAGGGCCUUACCUGUCUCGGGCACAAAGACGGACCUGAUUGAGCGUCUCCGAGCUUACCAAGAGCAGAACGGUGCAGCUGGCCAAACAGCCCCUAAUCCCAAACCCAGCACAGCAGCCAUUCUCCCCAAAGCUGCCGAAGUGGUGGUGGCCUUCCCAGCUGCUAGGCUGAGCACAGGGCCAGCGCUCGUCACCACUGGCAUUACACCAGCAGAAGUAGUUGUGGCUACAGUCACCAGUGGUGGCGUGAUGAAGUUUGGCAGCACAGGCUCAACUCCCCCUGUUUCUCCCACUCCUUCUGAGCGCUCACAGAUUAGCACAGGGGAUGAGAACUCGGCCACCGGAGACACCUUUGGGGAGAUGGUGACUUCUCCCCUGACCCAGCUCACCCUGCAGGCAUCUCCAGUGCAGUUUGUGGUGAAAGAAGAAAGCUCCAAGGCUGCCUCCUGCAGUGUAAAUGCAGCACCCAGGUCAGAGCGGUGCAGCACCAGUAACAGCAGAGAUGCAGAAGUUCGGGACAAAGACCAGAUGCUGCAGGAGAAGGACAAGCAGAUAGAGGAACUCACCCGCAUGCUGAAGCAGAAGCAGCAGCUGGUUGAGAUGCUUAGGCUACAGCUAGAGCAGGAGAAGCGCUCUCAGCAGUCACUAGUGGCCCCAGCUGCUGCGGGAGAAGGAGCAGCCCUUCCCUCCAACCCAGUAGCAUUCGGCAUCCAGGUCAAGAGCGAAAACGGUUUCUUAAGUUGCCAGUCUGCAAAGCAAUCCAGUGGCCAAACAGACCAAUUCAGCCCUGCAGCAACCGCUAGCCAAAUGGACACUUUGGAUCCAAGCGCAGUGCCAAAGAAAGCCGUGAUGGUGAAGCAGGAGGUGCCCGCCGCGGAAGCAGAGCUGACGUGCCGGUCCCACAGUCCGCGGCUUUUUCUUGGCCAGCAAGGGAGCGCCCUCAGCGACCUCAUCAAGGGCACCCCUCCCCCCACCCUCAUCACCGACUCCACAGGGACCCACAUCGUCCUCACUGUGACCAAGCAGAGCACCGAGAGGCAGGGCCUCUCGCCCCACGGGAAGGCGGGGAGUAGCUGCCCAGCCUUGCAGAGAGUACAAUCAUCGCCCUCUAAAACUUCCAGCCAACCGCAGUGUCAGCUACCUGCAAACACCCCUCAGCAGCCCACACAGCAGCAGCAGCAGCCCACGCAGCAGCAGCCCACACAGCAGCAGCAGCAACCCAGAGGACUAAACCAAUCUGUCAGAAAGGGUCAGAAGCCAGGCCUGCAGGUGGUCCCGGGGCAGCUGCCCCACACCAUAUUGUCUUUCUCAGCACCUCCAAACCUGCAGCCCUUCUUCCUCAACGGUUUCCACAAAGGGUCCCUGAAAACUGGUGCUCCUGGCAAAGCCGGCCAACCCAGUGUGCCAAAAAAGCCCUCGUCACAGCCUGGCUCUCCUGCUGCCCCUUCCCCAUCCCAGAUGGACCUGGAGCAACAACAGCACCCGUCGCUUUUUGGAACUCCUCCACCUCCUCUUCCUGUUCCCUCGGUCCCGAUGAAAGAGCCUCCAGGCUAUGAAGAGGCAAUGAAGCAACAGCCAAAAGCCCAGGAGGAGAAUGGCUGUUCCAGCCAGCAGAUGGACGACCUGUUUGACAUUCUCAUCGAAAGUGGGGAGAUUUCUGCUGACUUCAAGGAUCAGUCAUCGCCAUCCGGGAAAGAACCACCCGCAGCCCCAGCCGCCUCCUCGCCGCCCAGCAGCCACCAUUCCUCAGAGCUGGCGGUGCCAGUGUCCCUGGGGCAGCCGGUGCCCGUGGGCCGGCUGGAGGACUUCCUGGAGAGCAGCACCGGCCUCCCCCUCUUGACAGCAGGCCACGACGGGCCGGAGCCCUUGUCCCUGAUUGACGAUCUCCACAGUGAGAUGCUGAGCAGCUCGGCCAUCCUGGACCACCCGCCUUCACCAAUGGACACCUCGGAAUUGCACUUUGCUCACGAGCCGGCCGGGGGCAUAGCCCUGGAUCUGGCUGAGGCUAACUUGGACAGCAUGGACUGGCUGGAGCUGCCGGGAGGGCCUGUCAUGAGCCUGGCUCCCCUUAGCACUGCUGCUCCCAGCCUCUUUUCCACAGACUUCCUUGAUGGACAUGAUCUGCAGCUGCACUGGGAUUCUUGCUUGUAACUCUGUGAGCAGAGACUGAAGGGAAUGGGUGUGGGAGGGCACGGGCACAUAGUGGGGGGAAGAGGCCAGUCAACCAAAAGAUAAAGAGCUCCUAGUAUUUGUACUCCUCCCCCAACAGUGACCUUCCUGCGCGAAGCCAGCAGUGGCAGCAAGGCAAACCCGCUGCUCGAGUCACUGCGGCCAGGGCAGUGGGCAACCGGGCGGGCUGGGCAGGGAGAAGGGCUGCAGGGGGGCAGGCUGCAGGAGCUCUGGGGCUGGCAGCCUCCUGCCCUCUUGCUGCAGCCCGGACCCCGCUGGGAGCUGGGGUGAGAAGGGAGCCAGCGCCUGGGGCAGGAUGCCACAGGGCGGGAGCUCCCUCGUGCCUCGCAGCAUGACGUGGUGCGACUGGGCCUGUGCCCCCCUUGCCGGGAAGCAGUGCCUCACUCCGUGCUGGGAUUGACAAAUAAAGGGGGUUAUGCUGUCCUGGGACAGUUGAUUUAACGGUUGUGGAAGGGGAUUUUACCUCUGGAGCGCUGUGUAAAAGAGGGCUUGCUGCUUGCAGGGCUGGGGGUGCAGAAGGGCUGCUUGCUGCCCCGCGUGCCGUCUGUAAGGGGCAGGUCUGGUCUGCCGCUGGGCUGAGCGAGGCAUUAGGCGGAACAGGCACCUUGUCCCAAUGUAGCCAAAGGGAACCAGGGUUCCCCACCAACGAUGGUAAUUUCUGAGCUGGUUUCCCAACUAUUGCUGAGCUUGGCAGAGGCCUGCCUACUUGUGACACUUGCUUUGGGCUGCAAAAACAGAUUUUAAGGUGCUAAAAUCCAGGUCCUUACAUGUUAUAUCUGUCUUUUGCUGCCUCAGACCUCUGGCUGUGCCUGGAGUCCAGCCUUCAGGCACCUUUCCGUGUGGCUUCCUGCUCAUUCCCAGUCAGGCCACUGGUGCCAGGCUCCCCCUGGCUGUUAGUAGCCCAGUAUGGGGCAGGGCUGAGUGAGGCCACCGGCCUGCGGCAGGGCUAGAGCCAAGUAAGCAUCCGCGUGCCCUGGGUCGGAUGCCGAGGGGCACAGCUAGCAACAAGCAACAUAUCAUUAGGGGCCGUGUGCAAUUUGUCUCUGGCCUUCAGCUGUGCUGUCGUCUCCCUGUACGGCACAUGGCUUGGGGAAAGGAGCUCCUCACCCCCGGUCUGCCCUGAGCAAGGAAAAGGAAGACACUGGGCGAAGGGCGCGGCUUGGCACAACACAGGGCCUAGCUCAACAGGGCACAGUGAAGGGUCCUUGCUAGAGCCUGAAACUAAGUGACAGGCAGCAAAGCUUGGUUUUGCUGCAGGAAAACCUCUGCGCUUCCCACCUGGGCCCCAGGGUAGAAGGCACAAGCAAAUGUCUGCAUCCUGCGAGCUGCUGCCCUCUGCAUGUGCUGCUGCUGCCAUGUAAGUUCCCUGAGCUGAUGCCCAAGGGUAGCUGCUGGCUGUUGAGUGGGAGGAGGUUGUGCCCCAAACCCCUGUAGGGAUGUGACAGUACUCCUGCCUGGGCAGUUUUUUGCUUUGGAAAUGCGGGGCUGCGGACCUCUCUUGUGCUGUUACUCCUGUCAUUUAUAACUUCCUUCUGUGUUUGUUGGUAGUAACUCACCGCCGUACUUACCAGGUGGGCCAUACCCUAGCUGCACCCCGUGCAGCCUCCUCUUGGCACAGCUAGCCCUGCUUUGGCCCUGAGUGGUGUCGGAAGGGGAAGGCUAGUUUUGGGGAGUGGGGUGUGUGUGUGUGUGGGGGGGGGGGGGGUGAAUUAAUGCAGAAUAAGGCUCUGGCCCUGCUAGUGUCUCCUUGAUGAUAUUCCCCCCAAACCCCCCGAGGGCUGGCGUGCAGGCCUCAUCGGGGAAGGGGCGCUGGAGGCCUGUCGGUGCCUCUGCUACCUGGCAGGGGCAGGUGAGCUGCCAGCCCUGCACUUAACUCUCCAUCAGGAACUACCCUGGCAGCUGGGUGGGAUCACACCAGAAUCACAGCUGGGGAGAGACUUCUGCUUUCCUGAGCCCUGUUUAGUUGUUAAACGUGGGGAGUAAAUUUCUUAAUCAUUUGCCGGGGGGGGGGAGCCUGCUGGCAGCUUCCUUCCUUUCUGACACCCCCCACAAAUAUAAGCAAGUCACGCAGCUUCCCUUGCAGUGUGUUGGAGGUGAGGGGUGCUUAUCAGCCUCCACCUCUCCCCCUUGAUCGGUCUGGCCUGGCCCUCCCACACCUCUUUCGGGGGUUGUGCCCUGGGUGUACUUGGGAGUGGGAGCUGGUGCCCAGUGGUGCAAUAGAAAUUGUGUUACAGCACUGGGCUUGGGCUCUCUGUAUCAGGUACUGUUGGAGACAGGGCUGCCCCCCCCCCCCCCCCAAAACCCCCCCAAGGCAGCUGCCCAGCAUUGUGGGACAGGGUGUGCAUAGGAGGCAGGUGGUUCUGGACAAGGGUCCUCCUGAAUGGAAGCGGGGAAGAGGUGUGAAAAAUGAGGCGGCUUUUCUUUUCUUUUUUUUUUUUUUUUUUCCUUUGGUCAAAGGAGCAAAAGCAGCUUCUUUUAGCCCAGAGUGAGCAGCAGCCCCCACAACAGCUGUGUGACCUUUUUUUGUACAAAUAAGUAAUUACAAAGCAGUGACUAGUAAAUAAAUAAUAAUUAAAAAAAAAAAAAAAAAACCCACAUUCAAGUGCAAUGAUAUCCUACAGGAAGGUGGGAGCACACCAAGUGCAGGCGUCCCCUACCCCUGCCGCCUCCUGCAGUGCCUGGCCCUAGCUGAAGGGAGCUCCUCAGGGAGCGCUGGCAUGUCACAGCGACAGUGAGCAGGAGGCCGUGUUGGCUGAGAAACACAAAUGCCAGGUACUGAUUGUGCCUGCCUGUGGCAGCCCCCCACCCCACCCCAAACCAUAGAUAGGCUGAUGAAGAAAGGAUGAGCUCACCCAGAUGCGCUCUCUCACCUGUACCCCAACACCAACACCUUGAUUUGUGAAACGUGUAGGAAUUGAUUACAUUUAAUGUGCCCAGCACCCUUGAAAUUGGCUGAUGGGCUUGAGAGCUUUCAAGGAGCCAAGCCAAUACAGAAGUGCAACCCUCAUUGCCUUAGGAAACCAGCUCAUCUGCCAGAGCCCCUCUGCACAAAGGCCGCCUGCUAAGAGAGCGAGUGUGGCCAUGUGCUUUGGGGGGGGGAGGGGGCGGGGAAAGCAGAGUGCCUCAGCCCAGGAAUAAUUAGAAUGGUCUCCUCCCCCCACGGUGCUGAGAGCAUCCUGGCACAGCAGCAGGUUCGCCCAGUUCUCUGCUUUCUUACUAUUAUUUGUUUGAAUAAUAGUUCAAUAGGUCUUUGUUGGAAGAGGUACUCCCCUGGACAUACAUUUUUGCACCCAUUGGGAAAAACAAAGUUCUGCCUCUACCUUGAAUGUAAUCCUGAAUCUUUCUGCUGUAACCACUACUUGUUUGUAAUGUGUAUUUGACUAGCACGCACUCUCCCUUCCACUAUGCAGCAAACGGCAACAGGUGAUCAGCACUGUCUGAGCUGGACAGUGUUGGGGCAAUGGAUCCAGAGCGAGUGUUCAACUGGAAAAGGACAAGAGUGACAAGUUAAUGGGGGAGAGAAUGGAUCUUUAAAUUGAAUUAUUUUUUCAGUUACAAAUAUUUGAAAAAAAAUCCAUUUUAUUAAAAAAAAUUGAAACAGC